CGUAAACUGGCACACAACUUGACAAUUAGUUACUAUUUGUUUUAUGGAUUUGUUCUAAAACCUUUUGUACUGACAUUUCACUUCACAACACAUCCUCCAUUUUUUUCCCUUUUAAGAAGGGUUGAAAUAUAAGAUACUUUAUAAACUUAUUUGUAUUGAUCAAAGACAUGAAGAGUUUGUUUAAUUUUCUACUACAGCCUUGUCUUCUUUUGGUGCACACUGUUUGCUCAUUGGCCUUGCAGAUUUCUGGCAGAACUUCGUGCUUUUGAUGUGUUUGAAAAAGGAUUUCAUUCAUAGUGUUUCUGCCUUAGUAAAAUGUUUCUCAGAACUAUUUUGAUUUGCCUUGCUUUCUUGUUAAACCUCACUAGCCAAACUACAUUUUCCCCCCUGUUCAUUUGAAAACAUUUUCCUUUUUUUUUUUGGAGGAUGUCUCUGUGCUUCUAACUUUCUAUUGUUACCUUGUUAUUAAGUAUUCUGGACUCUUUUGAUCUUUCCAGAAGUAUUUCUUUAAGUGAUACUCGUUUGUUCUGAGUAUCUCAUAUUUCUAAUAUGUCUUUGAGGAGUUACAUACUGCCUGCAAACAUUUUACAUUUCUUGCUACUGCUUUUACUUUUUACAUAUUGUAGUGGUGGAUUUCUGUUUCUUGGUCUCUGUGUAGAACUAAAUACAUUUUGGCCACUGUGUGCUGCUCUCACAGUGAUGUCUCGCAUACAGCUUGAUGUUAGGAAAGAAUUUUCUUCUUGCUUUCCCCAAUUAGAUGGUCCCAACAUGAAGUCAUUGCUCUAACAUAAUAUCCAGAAUUUUAUGUCAUCUUUAGAAGAAGCUGAGAAUGAAUUUCACACCCAUGUGCAUCUAUGAUUUGACACUUUACUUCCUGAGUAAUGACUGGUGCUAAGGCAGGCAGGCAGGCAGCAAGAUGGGGAAUCUCUGAGUUAUCCACCUCCUUACCUUGCAGAGGAAAGUCUGUAGUGAAUCCUGCUGGAGAAGUAGGAUUCUGAUCCUACCUCCAGUGAUUAUGAAGUGUUUGUGAAUGAAAAAAAAGCGUAUCUGUAGACAGAAAUCCUGGCCUGACAGAAAGAUUGUUUGAACAAAUUAGCUUCUUCAGUUCUUACUAUUUCUGGUUUUAUUCCUUAUGUGUUACUUAUUUUACUGGAGAAGACACUGAUAAAUAAGAGAUUAAAAAAUCUUCUUCUCAGUGUGUUUGAAAGAUGGAAAACUGCACAUAGUCUGCCAGCAGAAAAGCUUUGCUCAGCCUGUUCCAGGCUCCACAGGUGCAUAUGAGUAAAUGAGGGGGUAAUACAAAUAAGCAUUUGUCACAGCUCUGUUGUUCUGUGCAGGCAAUUCACGGUCUCUGUAAUAACACAAAUGUAAUUCCUUUGCUCCAUUGGGAUUUAUAGUGGUCAUUUCCUACAAAUUGAAUCCACAGAAAAGGAACACAGCUUUGUGCUUUUCGGACACAUUGGCACCCGUAUGAAAAAAAUAAACAGGAAAUAGUGAAUGAAGAUAACAGAUAGGGGUGAUCCUUAGUUUAACACCAAUAUUUCCAACAUAGCAAGGAUAUUUAUGUGGUGAAGAUAAAAGAUUAGGAUUACAGCUUUUGGUUCUGCAGUUGUCUCCCUUUGUGACCUGGAACAAAUCACGUAUCAUUCCAACACCUUGCUUUUCUAUUUGGAAAUUGAUACUUCUUUAUAUAUGCACGAGAGAGAUAUUAUGAAGCACUCCUAUCAAUUUGAAGCAAAGAAGUAACGUGGUGGUGUAGUGACACGGCGACAGACUGGAGAUUUCAAACGGGAAGACGUCCGAACUUUUCUGUUAAGCAAUCUUCAGGGAGCAGAUGUUAAUCCGGCGGGUCACGUUGUUUCUCAGCGUUACAACUCCCACACAGCAAUGACAAACGAGCACGCAGCUGACGCUGCUGGACGCGAUUCAAUCUACCAAAGGGCACGGCCUCAGAUGCCCUGACCCAAAUUCCCGUCCGCUGCCCAGCAGUCCCCGAGGGGCGCGCGAGGGGGAGCGGGAGCAGAUCUGAAACAGGUGGAAAAACACAGCGCGCUCCUACAGCGACCCGGCUUUACAUCCGCAGCCCUCCAGCCGCAAUAAGGGGCAGCAGGGAAAGAUCACCAAAUUAACCACAGCGGAGCCGUUUUAGCCAUGCCCUACGCCACUCUGCACUUGAACCGCGUUCGGUUCUUCGCAACGGUCAGGCGGCCGUGACCGCUGCGGUCUCGAACCGGAGGCGCCACAGGCAGCGAGCGGCGAGCCGGAAGCGCUCUUGGCGGAGCGCGGCCGGAAGUGGCGGCCGUUGAUCGCAGCGCACUUCCGCCGCCCGCCUCGCGCCGGGAGGGGCCUGGAGCGCCUGCUGCCGCCUCAUGGCCGCCUCUGUGGAUUUCAAAACCUAUGUGGAUCAAGCCUGCAGAGCUGCAGAAGAAUUUGUCAACAUUUAUUAUGAGACUAUGGAUAAAAGAAGAAGGGCUCUGACCAGGCUGUAUUUGGACAAAGCAACAUUAAUUUGGAAUGGAAACGCAGUCUCUGGACAAGAGGCACUGAAUGAGUUUUUUGAAAUGUUGCCAUCCAGUGAAUUCCAGGUUAAUGUGCUGGACUGCCAGCCUGUUCAUGGCUUUGUGAAGAUGGCAGCAGUUUCAGGCACGGCCCCCAGAUACAGGACUGCUGCUGCACUGACCAGCCUCACUGCUCACACGUGGUGUGCUUAUGGACUGCCAGGGAAGAACAUACAGGUAGGAAUCCUAUUUAAAGAGACUACUACUACUCAAAUUACUUUUCUAAAGCUGCACAACAAAGCACAGAAAAACAAUUUUAUAAGCCAGACAUCUAAGUCUAGUAAGUGCAGUUGAAACUGGUUAGACACACAGAACAACACUCAGUUAAGCUGCAGUUCAGAAUACAUCUUAUAAUGUGUAGAACAGUGGUUUAAAAAGAGAAAAGAAAAACGUUGUUUCAUGCUAUGUGAGUCUACUGUUGUUUCUCCUAGAAUUGAAGUCACAUAUAUUAAGAAGGGUGACUUAAAUUUAGAAUGCUGAACAGUUAGGUAAGGCACCUGGCUAAGUGGAACAAGGACAGAGAAUGCUAUACUAAUACUGUUUUCACUUGAAAAUGGGUUGCACAGUAUCAGAUAGUAUCUUGUAAUAAUACAUCACAUCUGUGGUACAUGUCUAAGAAGAAAUUCUGUAAAAUAUAGACAUUAGCUGGACAAUAACAACUUAUUUUUUUAAUGUCUUACCCGUGCUCCUUCUGGAAGCAAAACACAAUGCCAAAGUCUGAAAAUGUCAUUAGCAGCUAUUUGUUAUAAAUCUGAGUACAUGCUGAAGAAAUCUGCUGAACAUUUUUGUGAAGUGUAUUAUUCACUUGCUAUCUUAUCUCCUAUAAUAAGUAGUGCUAAAAAAGAACAUCACAAUGAUUACAAUAUUAACUUGGAAGUCUUUCCUUAGGAAAGGUGUUAAAAGCACAGGUAUCAGAAUGUAAUGUGCUAUUUUAAGCUUGUCCUUGUCAUGUCAACUUGUUUCUAAUUUCACAGGCUAGAUUCUUUUUCCAAUGAGAUAUGCAUAAAUAAUUUAACUGCUGUACUACAUCUAUGCUAUAAAGCAUUCCUGAUCAGCAGUGAACGGAAAUAAGGGCAUUUUCCUCACACACUGACAAAUCGAUGAGCAGAAUCCAUGAGACAAACUAGAGCAUCACACACACAGUACAACAGGUACACACACAGGUACUGUGCUCUGGUUUUUAAUACUUAACAGCUGGUUUUGACAGGCAAAUGAAUUUAUAAUAAGAAGUAAAGAAAUGUAAACCUACUGCCUAACAGAUUACAGAUGUGCUUUUAGAAAAAGAUGCUCAAGUGAUGAAACAGUAACAUAGUGAAGGGAAUCAAUAAUCACACUUCUUUCAGUAUAGUGAAAGACAUGGUAGUUCACUAGUUUCCUCCCCUCCCCCUUUCCCCCAUGAUGGUAUUUAGGUGUUAAGAGUCUCAAAUAUGAAGGGUUUGGGCUUGGACACUCUGAAGUCUGUAAUCAUUGGUGGAUCACUGUACCACCACCUUGGAGAUAAAAAUAUCCUCUUGGAAGUCCAGUGAUCUCCCAGCUGCACAACAUCCAAUGAUUUGAUAUUAAUUGCACUAUCAUCAGUAUUAGGAUUCCUUGCAAAACACUUCACUGGGGCAAAAAGUACUUCUUGAUUUCAAUGUAAAGCGCAAGUCCUCAGCUCUGUCCGAAGCAAAGAGGGAAGCAGUUUCUUAUGUCCUUCACCUUACAGAGCUGUUAAUCAACAAGCAAAGCAAAUGUAACACAUGCUAACUCUGUGAUGCCACAGCAUCAUUAGCUUCACCCUCACUCCCAUCAUAAACAACUCACAUAAACAAACUUUAAAAAUAGUCUACUAAAUAAAUCAGCAUUCAGGCAACAUGUUGGCUACAUGAAAGCAUUUCUCCCCUUAACUCUUAACUCCAUGCCCACAACCACAUUUCCUUACACAGCUCCUCUAUUUCCAAAGAAUGACUGUGCAAUACAGUUUCCAUGCUUAAAACCUCCCUCAGAGGUUUCUACCAUCAUUAGUGUCACCUUAAUAUGUAAAUAACACCCUGGCAAACUGUACCGACACACUUCUCUCACGCAUUCCUCACCAAAUUUAACCUUUGCAGAAGUUCGGGUUCAAACCAGCACCAACUUCAGUCUUGGCUCCAGAGCUGCUAAGAGCUAUGGCAGCAAAUGUCCAAAGCAGCACCGCAGCCUGCAGAGUGGGAGGGUUUCCUAUAUAGGCAAUAACAGCAGCACAAGGAAUCGCCACCCCCACCCAUUCCUAACCUCUUCAUCACAUACAUGGUCAGGUAAAUCAUGUUAUGCUCAUCUGGCAUAUAAUUAAAGCCAUAUCUUGCAAUCAGUUUUGCAAUGAAGUAUUAGGUAGAAACUGAUAGGUCUAAGAAGAAGGGAAAGAACAUCUGCUGUAGCUUAUUUCAGUUCUGUCCAUUACUUUUGUUGAUCUUGGCUGAGCAGGUCAACGCAGAUCACAUUAAGUACCUAUUGUGAAAAAGAAAACUGAAACCACAUCUCCCAAGCAAUCCUGGCAACCAGUCAGCCCUCCUCUUUACAAUGCGAGCCUUAUUCUGUAAGUGUCUUUCAGUCUGGCUUCACAUAAAACCUGUGAAAGCUCCUUGCAGCUCCAGCAUGUCCUGACUGUCUGAGAGCCACCUGGGAGAGUUGGCCCCUAGAAUGCAGACAGCAACCUAUGAGAAAGGGCCCCAGCUCCCCAGGCUUCAUGCAGACCGCAUGGCUCUGAGGAAGCAAAAGGGAGAAACCUGUCACGCCACUUCAAGUGUGUCAGUUUCAGUGUGACACAAGUUAGCCUGUGAGCAAGUGGCCACAGAAGUAAUUAGUGCUGUGCUCAGCUUUCAUUUUUACAUGCCUGCCUACAGAGUUCAAGAUUUUGAGGAAAUAUGCAGCUAUUGCUGCCAGUGAAUUACGGACAACCAUAGCUUCCUUUUCCCCUUCAAAUGGAAAAACAAGGGAAAACAAUAACAAAGCAUUAAUAAUUCCUGCCUGCAGUAAAGCACAUUCUACCAAAAAAGGAGACAUCAGCAGAUGUCCCUGUUCAGGGGAGUUGGACCAGAUGACCUUUAGAGGUCCCUUCCAACUCAAAUGAUGCUAUGAAACACUCCCUUUUAAAUUUCCCCUUAGGACGUGCCCAUUUCCCUGGGACCUUCCAGAAGGAAAGGUGACAGAGUGGCUCUGUUGCAGGGAGAGAAGGUGUGAGGUGACUGAAACAGACAGCCUCAGUUAUCAUUCCCUAGCUGCUGUAGGAUACAGGGAAAAUCAAUGGUGUGUCUUCCUUUAAAAGUGUGUUCUCUGGACAUCGUACCACCUAAGUAACAACCCAAUACACAAACAGAUGGAACAAAAUUUAGGGAGAUGAAAACUUCCUUUUCUCCUGAAGACAUUCAUGUCCUGAAGCACAGUGACCACACACUUAUUGCAUAUUUCCCUUAAUACUUAACUCCAACUCUUUUUAGCUUAAGUAAUUUCUUAUUAAAAACAUUUUUCAGACCAACAAGCACUCAGUUACUGUUCAAGCUGAGUACAGUUUGGUCACAAUAACUGAAUUUAAUCAUAUUAAUGAUUAACUUCGAUAGAUUGCGUGUGUUUAUUUGGCUUAUACUACUGUUUAAAUAUUUCACCUGCAUAUCAGCUUCAUUUGAAGUAGUGCAGCAGGGUGCAUCUGUUUUACCAGGUGUGUAUCCUGACGUCACUCGGAAUAUAUCUAAUGAUUGGUGUCAGUUUUAGAGUUAUACAAAAGGGGUGAAGCAUGACCCUCUUGUUAGAAAGGGGGAGCACUGGUAAUUUGUUACACUGAGAACUGAUCAGUGUUGGGUGCUCAGACACUGGGCAAUGCUGCCAUUUGCUCACACAGUGCUCCCUGUGUACAGCGUUACUGAUAACGGAAGGGAAGGUUCCAUGAGAUGCAAACCCAUCAGUGCCCAGCCAUGUGAACCUCACCACAGC